AUGGAUAAUAUUGAAGAAGUUAAUAUGACACCUACUAAUACGGCUGGUGAAAGUGAUGUGAUUCAGGAUGGAUCAAAUUUUGAUCAAGAUAAUAAAGAAGGUGAAGCAAUAAAGAUGAAACAAAUAAAUAAAAAAGAUGAUUCAUCUGUUAGUAAUGAUUCAUCUGUUAGUAAUGAUUCAUUUACCGAACAAUAUUUACAAACUGAUCCAAAAACCGGUUUGACGACAGAAGAGGCUGAAAAACGUUUGAAACAAUUUGGAAAAAAUGAAAUUACAGAAACAAAGCCUAAUAUGAUCUUAAAAUUCAUUUCAUACUUUCGAGGUCCGAUCGCCUACUUGAUUGAACUAGCUUGUAUAGUGGCAGGGAUAGUUAAGGAUUGGGUAGAUUUCGGCAUAAUUCUCGCACUUUUGAUUGUUAACGCAUGUAUAGGAUUCAUAGAAGAAGCACGUGCAGAAUCUGCGUUAGAAGCGCUAAAGCAGACUUUAGCGUUAAAAACGAAGGUUUGGCGUGAUAGAAAAUUGGUCGACUUGGAUUCUACGGAAUUGGUUCCAGGUGACAUUAUCGCUUUGCGGAUUGGAAAUAUCAUACCGGCUGAUGCAAAAUUAUUGGGAAUUAGUGUUACUGGUUCAGAAUCUUCAGAAUACUUGAUGGUGGAUCAAUCGGCAUUGACUGAUACAUAUAUUGGACGUGCCGCUACGCUUAUGAACAUGGCCGUGGAUCAAGGCCAUUUUCAAAAAAUUGUCAAUAAAAUUGGCAAUUUCUUGAUUUUGAUCACAGUCACUCUUGUAAUCAUCAUUUUUAUAUAUCAGGCGGUCAAAUUUCGAAAUACAAAGUCUGGUAAUAUAUUAGAAAUUUUGCAACACAUUCUGGUGUUGACGGUUGCAGCUAUUCCGGUCGGUUUACCAACCGUUCUUUCCGUAACUAUGGCCGUAGGAGCAAAGCAACUAGCAGCCAAGAAAGUAAUUAUUAGACGUUUAGCAGCCAUUGAAGAAUUGGCUUCUGUCUCGAUUCUUUGUUCCGAUAAAACUGGUACACUCACCCUUAACGAACUAUCCACUGAUGAGUCAUGGCUGACUCCUUCCUAUACGGAAUCCGACCUUUUUUUGUAUGCAUAUAUAUGCUCUGAACCAGGCACAGAUGAUGCUAUAGAAUUAGCUGUUAGAGAUGCGGCUGAAAAAAAACUUGAUAUUUUAAAAAAUCGUGAAAAUGAACAUGAAAUUCCUGGUUUCAAGGUUAAAUCAUUUGUUCCUUUUAAUCCUUCAAAAAAAUUAUCUCAAGUUACGGCAAUAGACCUUGAAACGCAAAAAGAAAUUCAAAUAGCCAAAGGUGCACCACAAGUUAUAAUACAACUUGCAGGUGGAAAUCAUGAAGCCGACCUUGCAGUAGCCAAUUUAGCAUCACGUGGAUUACGCGCUCUUGGCGUUGCAAAGACUAAACCUUCUGAUACCGCAGAUUCACGACAAUUACAAUGGGAAUUGGUUGGGUUUUUAAGUUUACUCGAUCCACCUCGACCAGAUUCAAAAGAAACUUUAAAAAAAUGUAAGGAAUUAGGUAUUAAUGUUAAAAUGGUAACAGGUGAUCAAUUAAUUAUUGCUAAAGAGGUUGCUCGCCGACUUGGAAUGGGUAGAGCUAUACUAGACACAAAUCAUUUGGUUGAUCCCGCGAAAUCUGAUGAUGAGAUUACUGAGCACUGUGUAAAAGCUGAUGAUGGUGUAAAUGAUGCACCAGCCCUAAAGCGCGCGGACGUUGGAAUAGCGGUACAGGGGUGUACGGAUGCAGCGAGAUCUGCUUCCGAUAUUGUAUUAUUAGCACCUGGCCUUUCAACAAUAAUUGACGGAAUGAUGACUUCUCGAGCCAUAUUUCAGCCUAAACUUCUUCCAUCAUCAGCAAGGCGUGAAAAGUUAGCUGCACGUCGUGAACGAUCUUUGUUAAUGAAAAGAAUCGCUAGAAAUGUUAAAAAAAUGAGAAAAGUAUUAUUAAUGAUUAAAGUUAUUAGUGCAUUUAGACAAACAGUUAGUGAGCGACAAGCAAUUAGUGAGCGGGAAGGAUAA